AUGCCAGAACAAAUUUCUCUGGACUCAUCAAGUCGAAGCAGUGUGGAGACUACAGAAAUUAACUCCUUUACCUCGUUACCAGCACAGCAACGAGAAGACCCCAUUUCCAGACAGAGAAGUUGGUUCUCCAACAGAGAUGCCGAAUCUAUUAACUCCGGAGCACCCUCUUUGGCUAGAACAGUAACCAGAACGGUCGCCGAAAUUUGGAAGGCUGUUCAGGAUGAUAACCAGCAAGCCGAUAAGGAAAUCGGAGAUGGGAAGGAUUUAAAUAAAUUAUUAGAAUACAAAUUCGAUGUCGGUGAUGCUAUUAGAAUGGAAACAAAUCUAGAAGAGGAAGAGGAUAACGAGGAGACCGAACGAGCGGAACUCAGGAAGACCACUACAAAUGCCACUUCAAAAUUGAGGACAAAGGGAUCAGACACUGAGUCAUCAGAUCAUGCUACUGCGUCUAUUGCCUCGAGAAGAAAUGAACAAGAUUUGGAAAAAUUUGAAUCUGAAAGUUUUGAGAAUGGUGAAAAUUUAGAAGAACAACCCACCGUUAAGAGAGUCUUCACUAAUAAGGAAAAGGGUGCUGUGGAUUUACCCCCUGAUGGGGGAUAUGGAUGGAUCGUCGUAAUGGGUAUUACACUCAUCUUCAUUAAUAGUUGGGGUUGUAAUUCUGCAUUUGGUAUCUUCUUAAGUUUUUACCUGACUAAUAACACAUAUGCAGGCGCUACUAAGUAUGAUUAUGCACUCAUUGCAGGUUUAACUGUGUUCUUAGGUCAAGGUUUACCCCCUUUCGUUAUGGUUUUGGCAAGAGUGAUCGGUAUGAAACCUACCAUGCUCAUCGGUGCUUUAUUGUUAUUCGCUGGUGAUAUAUUAGCAUCAUUUUCAACAAGAUUAUGGGAAUUAUAUUUGACUCAAGGAGUCAUGAAUGGGGUGGCAAUUUCCUUAUUAUUUACACCAGCAACUACAAUCUUACCUGGAUGGUUUUUAAAGAAAAGAGCCGUUUCCAUGGGUAUUAGUCUUAUGGGUACUGGUGCAGGUGGGGUCAUUUAUGGAUUAGCUUCCAAUAAGAUGAUCCAAGAUAACGGUAAUACAAAAUGGUGUCUUCGUAUGUUAGCCAUUACAUGUACUAUAAGUAAUUUUAUUGCUAUUGCCAUAAUUAAAGAACGUAACGGUGCUAAACCAUUAGGCGUGAAAUCGUGGAAACCUAUAAAGAAAGAAUUUAUAAGAAUGCUUUCAUGGAAAGUAAUUCGAACCAAACCUUUCUUACCAUUGAUUGCAGUGUGGUUUACUUUGGCUCUAUUAGGUUAUAAUUUAAUGAUUUUCACAUUAUCUGCAUACGCCGUUGCCCGUGGAAUGUCUGCUCAUAAUGGUUCCACAUUAACUGCUAUAUUAAAUGGAUGUCAAGUCAUUGGGAGACCUCUUAUGGGGUUAUCUGGUGAUAAAUUUGGCAGAGCAAAUGUCACUAUUGCAUUAACAUUUUUAUUAACAAUCUUUAUGUUUGCAUUCUGGAUCCCAGCUCAUACCUUCAUUCAAUUAAUCUUCUUUUGCAUCAUGGUCGGUUCAUGUGUCGGUGUGGCAAAUGUUAUGAAUACUGUCAUGGUAGCCGAUUUAUUGGGUCCACAGUGGUUCUUGCCAGGCUGGGCAUUUGUUAAUUAUUCAGGAGCACCUGUACUUUUAGUGGUUGAAGUUAUUGCACAAGCAUUAACUGAUCCUAAAGAUAAGAGUAACCCAUACUUCCAUACACAAAUUUUUGCAGGGUGUUGCUUUGUAUGUGCCCUUAUUUUAAUCAUGCCCAUUAGAGAAUUAUCUGUAAGAUUAAAAUUAGAGGAAAGGCAAAAGAUAAAUGAUGCUAGGUUUAAAGAUACUGUUAUUCCUGAAGAUGAUGAGGCGACAAUGGCCGAUUGGGAUGUUUUAGAACAUAGAAGAGUUAAAUAUGAUAGAUUAUUAGGACCUGGAUUAAAGAAAUAUUUCUUGAGAAUGGCCUACCCAAUGAAAGUUUGA